UAGAAAAUGUGGUGCCUAAGAAACAUGUUAACAAACUAAAACAUGAGACGACUAAACCACUCCUAGAUAUACUACAAGUAACAAAAUGAGGUUGAUAUGAGUUGUCAAAUAGCAACAAAAUGAGCUAUGUGCAAUUAACUAACCAUAUCUUCGCGGUUGAUGGGUUGGUAGAAGUGAGUGAUAAAAUACGCACUAGCUUUUUUUCCAGUAUGAAUCGACAUUUCGGCAUACACCGAUCUCAAUUCCUUAAUCUCUAAUACCGAAUAACACUUGAAAUACAAUCUCACUCCCAAUCGCAUAAAAUAAUACGUAUAUCCGAUAAUACAAAAUAUCGAUUAAUUUAAUACUAUAUUGUUACAAUCCCAAAUACCGGUACCAAAGUUGCGGUUUACGCCCUAAUUGUGCAUACCCGCAUAACCGGUUAUGCACCGGACCCUCGAUUUUGGAGAGGGGCCACACCAUUUUACACGCAGUGGCAGAUCUCCUCCCCGCCUCUUUUGUUGCUGACUAAAUUUGCUGGCGCUCUUCUUCCCAGUCUCCUCCUGCUCCCUGUAUAUAAACCCACCUCCCUUCUCCCCUUCUCUCUCGUCCACCACCAUCGCACCCAUUUCCUUUCAGCUCCUCUCUCUCUCUCUCUCUCUCUCUCUAGAUUCCCUCCACCGACUGCCAAGGUACGCGCAAGAAUCCCGAUCUCACUCUUUCCGCUUCCGAUUUCCAUUGUCGUUUCUUCAUCUCUUCCUUCCCGAUUUCUGAAAUUCUACGCGUAGAUCCAUUGACUGUAUGCAUUACCGAUCUGCCCCCCCACGACUAUAUUAUUUGAUUCUUUGUUAGCUAUCUUCCUCUAUUCGCGCUCAGUCAGUUAGGCUCUUCGAUCUAAUGUUCCAUACUCUAGCUGAAUUGUUUGAAUUGCGAGAUCUGUGAGCUUGGUUUGCCUGCCGAUUCUGAAUUCGGUUAAGUUGAUGCUUGCUUACUUCUCUUGACCAUGGAAAUCACUAGAUUUGAAUUGAUUUGGAACGAGGUGUAGCUAUAGACUAUUAGGGAUUAUUGUGGUGGAUUCAGUUGUGAUAUGUGACCGUUUUUGUUCUUGAUUACUUCGUACGUUCUUCUCCCCUGUUGGCUCAAACGUGCAUAUCAGCCUGUGAUUUGCACUUUUUAGCUUCCGAGAUCCAUGUGGCUUGGCAAUAUCAUGAUGUACGCUCCCUAGAUCUGUUUACAUAAUUUCAGGAAAUUCAUUUGUUGGAUCCGUAGGAAAUGCUGAAUUCGUUGCAAACAGUUGGCCUAUCUCUAUGCAAGAGAUUAGAUCUUGGGCACCAAAUCACCGUGCAACAAGUCCUGUUCUUUAAAUUGAUGGAGUCUGUUACAUUAGUCUAGUAAAUUAUAGAUCAGGAGAAGGUUGGGGGGGUGGGGGUUUGGGAUCAGAAAUUUGAGUUCUUUGCAUGUGCCUUUUGAUUUCGGUAUUCUAAUUUGGCGUUGCUGUAUUUCAUCACAGGAAAGACAAAAUGGUGAAGAUCUGUUGCAUUGGUGCCGGCUACGUCGGUGGGCCAACCAUGGCUGUGAUUGCACUCAAGUGCCCCAAAAUUGAAGUUGCAGUUGUCGACAUCUCUGUCCCCAGGAUCAAUGCCUGGAACAGUGACCAGCUACCCAUCUACGAGCCAGGUCUCGAGGAUGUUGUCAAGGAGUGCAGAGGCAGAAACCUCUUCUUCAGCACCGAUGUGGAGAAGCACGUCUUCGAGGCAGACAUUGUUUUCGUCUCGGUCAACACCCCGACCAAGACUCGGGGUCUUGGUGCUGGGAAAGCAGCAGAUCUCACUUACUGGGAGAGUGCAGCGCGUAUGAUCGCUGAUGUCUCCAAAUCGGACAAAAUUGUCGUGGAGAAGUCGACUGUUCCCGUGAAGACUGCAGAGGCAAUUGAGAAGAUCUUGACACACAACAGCAAGGGGAUCAAGUUCCAGAUCCUCUCAAACCCUGAGUUCCUUGCUGAAGGAACAGCCAUCAAAGACUUGUUCAACCCUGACAGGGUUCUCAUUGGAGGAAGGGAAACCCCCGAGGGGCAGAAGGCAAUUCAGACAUUGAAGGAGGUCUAUGCUCACUGGGUCCCUGAAGAUCAAAUCUUGACCACCAACCUUUGGUCUGCUGAGCUCUCCAAGCUUGCUGCCAAUGCCUUCCUGGCUCAGAGAAUCUCUUCGGUGAAUGCCAUGUCAGCUCUAUGUGAGGCAACUGGUGCUGAUGUCACUCAAGUGUCAUUUGCUGUUGGUAAGGACUCGAGAAUCGGCCCUAAGUUCUUGAACGCCAGUGUCGGCUUUGGUGGGUCCUGCUUCCAGAAGGAUAUUCUGAACCUGGUCUACAUCUGUGAGUGCAAUGGUCUCCCCGAGGUGGCUGAAUACUGGAAGCAAGUCAUCAAGAUCAAUGACUACCAGAAGAACCGAUUCGUGAACCGUCUCGUUUCAUCCAUGUUCAACACCGUGGCGACCAAGAAGAUUGCCAUUUUGGGCUUUGCAUUCAAGAAGGAUACUGGUGAUACCAGGGAGACCCCGGCGAUUGAUGUCUGCAAGGGGCUUUUGGGCGAUAAGGCCCGGUUGAGCAUCUACGAUCCCCAGGUGACCGAGGACCAGAUUCAGAGGGACCUCUCCAUGAAGAAGUUCGACUGGGACCACCCUCUCCACCUCCAGCCCAUGAGCCCGACCACUGUGAAGCAAGUCGGCGUGGUCUGGGAUGCCUAUGAGGCUACCAAAGAUGCUCAUGGUCUCUGCAUUUUGACCGAGUGGGACGAGUUCAAGAAGCUGGACUUCCAGAGGAUCUACGACAACAUGCAGAAGCCUGCUUUUGUCUUCGACGGGAGGAACGUUGUGAAUGUGGAUAAGCUGAGGGAGAUCGGUUUCAUCGUCUACUCGAUCGGUAAGCCUCUGGAUGCGUGGUUGAAGGACUUGCCUGCUGUGGCUUAGAGGAGAACUUUGAGAUGCUUUGGCCAGUUGGAGAUCCCUUACCAGACAAGAUCAUAUUAUGCUUUUAUUUGAGACACAGAAAAUUCCGAUGAUUCUUUCUUUCUUACUUACCCGUUUUAAGUAUUAUUGCCCCUUUGCUUCUUGCAUUGUCAUUGUAUUGGGAACGCAAGAGGCUGCUGUAUCGUUUUUGGCUUACAUUGUAUUUUGACGUAUAUCUCUUUUGUGAUAUGGUACUCUCUUUUUUACUGUCUUAUUGUAAUGUUGGGUUAGAACAGCUAUUCGUCUUCGGAUAAACUUCGAUAUACUCCCAUUUUGUUGGGCGAUGGAGUUCAAUAGUUAUUUGUUUCUUGUUCUUUUCCCAAGCCCCCUUAAGGCAUAGUAUCUUCGUGAAUUAACGUUGUUUUUGAAG